AUGGCGGAGGUUGUGGUGCUACAUAAACUGAAGUUGGCCGAGCUGAAACAGGAAUGCACUGCUCGGGGUCUGGAGACCAAAGGGAACAAACAAGAGCUGGUGAACCGACUGCAGGCGUAUCUGGAGGAACACGCUGUUGAGGAAGAGGUGAACGAAGAGGAAGUCCUUGGUGAAGAUACUGAGGAAGAGGAGGUCAAGGUAGUCGUGGAGGAGCCGGCAGAGCCAGAGAAGGUCUCCGUCGCUGAGAAAGAGGAGGGAGGGGCUGCAGAUAAAAAGGUGGUUAAAAUAGCGUCCACCACCUCUCCUGACGAGAAGCUGCAGCAGAGAGCACAGAGGUUUAACGUCCCUCCGACUGGCGAGAGUAAGAAGGCUGCUCGAGCUGCAAGAUUUGGUUUGCCAGCAGCCCCAGAAAAAGAUUCCUCUGUAGUCAGCCAGCCAGCUGUCAAUGUAGACCAGUUGAAAAAAAGAGCCCAGAGAUUUGGGAUGAAUGUGUCUUCGGUCUCAAAGAAGGUGGAGGAGGAUGAGAAGCUGAAGAAGAGAAAGGAGAGGUUUGGAAUCCUCACAAGCGCUGCUGGAGCCACAGAUGACAUCGAGAGCUGUAAGGGCUGGGUGUUGGUCUGGCUGCGACCCGCUGAGCUGUCGGCUCUGCUCUUCGGGGGCACUCGUGUGGUUUUGCUUUCCAUGCCCCCAAUAACAGCAGCCUACGAUGGGUGA